AUGAGGAAAAUGUCCCCCAGAGGCACUUCCCCAUCCCCGCGGAGGUAUAGGCAAACCCUCAAACUGUCCUUUUCCCCACAAUUUGAGGAAAACCACCUCACUGGGACACCGCUGAGCAUUUUUCACUUUGCAAGGUGGCUUUUUUUUUUUUUAUUUCCGCCCAGAGAUGCCGUCGCUAUUGCCGCCAGAGGGCCCUGGCAAUUGUGCAGAGCUCGUUUCUCCCCUCUCUUUUUUCUUUCCUCUUUUUUUUUUUUUUUUUAAAUUCCUUCCUUCCUUCCCUUUUUUUUUUUAACUCUUAUUGCUCGGGAUAUCAGAGGGACCGGGCUUCCCCCGGUCACGCCGCGGCUGCCUCGCCGUGCUGACGGGCUCCCUGUGGCCCUCGCAUCCCCAGGACGCACGCACACACACACACAGCCCCUCGCUGCCCCACUGUCUCUUUUUUUUGGGGAGAAAAGGGGCUUUCUGGGGAGAAAAAAGUGUAGGGGGGGGACAUCUCCAGGCUUUGCUGACAGCACCUCCCGAGCUGGAGACUGCAGCAGGAUGGCAAACUACCGGGGAAUAAAUGAAGCAGGCUGAGAUGCUGCUGGGGGCUUCAAAAAAAAAAAAACACUCAAAAAGGCAAAAAUUGCAGGAAGGGUCUGCAGUCCGUGCUUGAAAUCGCCCUUUCAUUCCUGGCAUCAGGCGUCCGGUGGCACCAGCCAUGGAGCCGUACGUGCUGCUGGACCCGCGACAGAGAGCGCUGUAUCGCGACGUGAUGCAGGAGAGCUACGAGACGCUGAUGGCACUGGAUUUCCCCGUUUCCAAGCCCGAUCUGCUGUCCCGCCUGGACCAUGGGGAUGAACCUACAGCCCUGGAUCUCCACGUGCCCAGGGACACCCCAGCUGCAGAGGAUGGAGCAGGAGCGGAGCAGGAACCCCCUCGAGAAGAAGGUGCUGAGAAAGAGCCCAAAGUGGUGAAACCUGCAGGAGAAGAGCGCCCGUCGAGCCCUGCCGAGGCUGGGGCAAAGGCGGGCAGGAGUGAGGGACCAGGAGAGACGGCCACGCGCCCGGGUGAGAGCCAACCCAGCAACACGUGCGGCGAGUGCGGGAAGAGCUUCAGCCACAAGUCAGCCCUGGUAAAGCACCAGAAGAUCCACACCGGCGACCGCCCCCACGAAUGCCCCGACUGCGGCAAAUGCUUCAUCCAACGCUCGGACCUCACCAUCCAUCAGCGGGUCCAUACGGGCGAGCGCCCCUACUCCUGCCCCGACUGCGGGCGCCGCUUCAGCGUCAGCUCCUCCUUGCUCACCCACCAGCGUACCCACGCGCCCGGUGGGGAGAAACCGAACCGCUGCCCCCAGUGCGGCCGGAGCUUUGCCGAUCCGGGGGCCCUUGACCGGCACCAGAAGAGCCACCUGGGUGGGAAACCCUACGAGUGUGGGGUGUGUGGGAAAGCGUUCGCCUGGAGCUCCCACCUCGAGCGGCAUCGGCGCAUCCACACCGGCGAGAAGCCCUUCCAGUGCGCCGAAUGCGGGCGAGCCUUCGCCUGGAGCUCCCACCUCGACCGGCACAUGCGCACCCACGCUACCACCGCUGCCUCCGAGGAUGAGGAGGACGGGGAGGCGGAGGAAGAGCCCCCUCCACCCCCCCAGAAAUGUGCCGACUGCGGCAAGCGCCUCAACCACCAGACGGACCCCCAGCGCUUCAAGCACAAGGGCACCCAGACGUUGCCGGCUGGUGCCGAACCCACCGGCAGCCCCCCGCGGCCCUACCGCUGCGAGCAGUGCGGCAAAUGCUUUGGCCAGAGCUCCAACCUCCUCAAACACCAGCGCGUUCACACCGGCGAGCGGCCGUACCCCUGCCCGGAUUGCAAACGCUGCUUCCGUUGGGGCUCAGCCCUGGCCAAGCACCGGCGCACCCACACCCGGCAACACCAAGCCGACGAUGCCACCAAAGCCGUGGCAGCAGCCACGGAGGAAGCCGGUGCCGGAGGGGGCGGCGGCAAACCCUACCCAUGUGGGGCGUGCGGGAAGAGUUUCGGCUGGGUCUCGCACCUGGAGCGCCAUCGCCGCAUCCACACCGGGGAAAAGCCCUUCCGCUGCGGGGAGUGCGGGCGGGCGUUCGCCGUCAGCUCCCACCUGGAACGGCACCGCCGGGUACACACCGGCGAGCGGCCCUACCGCUGCGGCGAGUGCGGGAAGAGCUUCGCCGUCAGCUCCACCUUGUUGGCUCAUCGUCGCACCCACGCUGCCCAGCCAGGUCGGCCCCACGCUUGCCCCGAGUGCGGCAAGGGUUUUAGCACGCCGGCCAGCUUGGAGCGGCACCGACGGCUUCACCGGGGCGAGAAACCCUACCAGUGUGGCAUCUGCGGCAAAGGCUUUGCCUGGAGCUCCCACUACGACCGACACAGGCUCACCCACACCGGCGAGAAACCUUUCUCCUGCGCCCACUGCGGCAAAUGCUUCGGCCGCAGCUCCCACCGCAACCGGCACCAGCGCGCCCACGCGCAGGGCGGCCCGGAGAAGCGGCACGUCUGUCCUGAAUGCGGCAAAACCUUCGGCCUCGGCACGGCCCUGGCGGCUCACCAGCGACUGCAUGCCGCUGCUGCCGGCGCCGGGGGUCGCAGCCCCCUCUCCUUGCUGCCGCCUGCGUGGUGGGAGGGUGAGCGGCGAGGGGGGACGCCCACCCCCUCCGAGCUCUGGCCCGAAGAGCCCAGCUCCGUUUUCCAGCAGCACCCUGUGCCUUCCUCCUCCUCUUCCUCCUCCACAGCCCCCAGGGGCUGGGCUGCCAAGGCUCUCCCACCUCCCACCAUGGCAUGGAGGCCUGGGGAGGGGGAGACCCUGCAAAGUGAUGCCUCUGCCUCCCAGGAGCCCUGGGCUUCCCUACCUCCCCCCAGCUCCUGAGAUGGGGCCACGGGGACCCUGGUGGGGGGCUCAGAGCCACCCUCCGCCUUUGGGGUCUCCCCACAGGGUAGGGCAGGGAUAUUGUGGCAGCUGGGGAGGAGGAGUACCCUGAGGUGGGGGUCAGGCUAGGGAAAGGGAGGGUCUAGCGGUGG